AUGAACUCACUUAAGAUAUUGGUCAAUUCAUGGGAUGCAUUAUAUCCGCCCGUGGGAACGUAUGACUCUGAAAAGGAAGACACAGGAAGUUCAGAAAAUAAUUUAGAUCUGCUCUUUAGAACGUCCAUUGAUCAGGAGAAACCUGGCGUGACUUCGUCCGCACGGAACCACGACGAUGAAGAAGAAGAACAAGAAGAAGAAGAGGAGGAAGAUCCUCAAGCACAACCAUCCAAAAUACUUCAAAAAGUGGAUUCAACCCAUCAAUCGCUAACUUCAUACGUCUUGUUUGUUCCAAAUUACCUCCUUUUUAAGCCCUUGGUGUUUACUUGGCUUUUGCUUACAUAUCCCUUCACCCAUUUCUUUGAGUCUGGAUCUAAAUCCGGUAACUCCAACAACAACAAUAGCAACAAUAACCAUGGCGAUUCGUCGUCUUCUAGUGCAUCCAAUACGUCACCAUCACUGGAUAUGGAUGAUGAAACACCUGUACCGCCUUCUUCCGAUGAAAAACUUGAACUCUUCAAGCAGGAAAAUAUGAUAUCAAACACCAUUAAAUCACCAUCAGCAUCAUCCAAAUACAUGAUCCCUCCUCCACAAAGACUAUACCCAUUGUCAAGAAACCCCAACCGGAAACGGAAACGGAAAACUCUCAUUCUUGACUUGGACGAAACCCUCAUCCAUUCGCUUUCACGUGGCCUGCCACGGUCAUUCAGCUCCAAUGGCUCUUCCAACAUGAUUGAAAUCAGAUUGAACAAUAUUUCAAGUCUCUAUUAUGUGUAUAAACGGCCAUAUUGUGACUAUUUCCUUCGUGAAGCUGCCAAAUGGUUUGAAUUACAAAUCUUCACUGCAAGUGUCAAGGAAUACGCAGAUCCCAUCAUCAACUGGCUUGAAUCAGAGAUUGCACCUUAUGUCACUGCAAACGCUGCGAAAAACGGGGACCCUGCAGCGGUCCAUGGUAAACCUCAAGUUCCCCUGGAACAACCGUCAGUCUUUACUAGACGAUAUUAUCGUACCGAUUGCACGUAUAGACAAGGUGUGGGCUAUAUCAAGGAUUUAUCCAAAUUUUUCCCCAGAGAAGAUGAUUUGAAGAAUGUGAUCAUUCUUGAUAACUCACCUGUGAGUUAUGCCAUGCAUGAAGACAAUGCCGUGAUGAUUGAAGGAUGGAUCAACGAUCAAGGAGAUCGUGAUCUUGUCAACUUACUCCCCAUGCUUCACAGUUUAAGUCUUUGUAUCGAUGUUCGAUACAUCUUGGGGUUACGAGGAGGAGAGAAAGUAUUUGAAAAUUAA